CUCCAGCAGCACAGCUCCUUCCCAGAGCUGGAAUUCGGGAUUUCCCCCCGUCCUGGCCGAGCGCGGGCCGGGGCAGGACGGGAUCAGCGGGGCUUCGGGCCCCCCAACCCCUCGAAUCCCCCACUGGGGGCUCUUGUGGGGGGUCCCAUCUGCCCCCCAUCCCCUCCCCAGAUCGUGCUGGACGUGGGCUGCGGCUCGGGCAUCCUCUCCUUCUUCGCGGCGCAGGCCGGGGCGCGCAAAAUCUACGCGGUGGAAGCCAGCACCAUGGCCCAGCACGCCGAGGUGCUGGUGAAGAGCAACAACCUGACGGAGCGGAUCGUGGUGAUCCCGGGCAAGGUGGAGGAGGUGUCUCUGCCCGAGCAGGUGGACAUCAUCAUCUCCGAGCCCAUGGGCUACAUGCUCUUCAACGAGCGCAUGCUCGAGAGCUACCUGCACGCCAAGAAGUACCUGAAACCCAGUGGGAAUAUGUUCCCCACGAUCGGGGACGUGCACCUGGCGCCCUUCACGGACGAGCAGCUCUACAUGGAGCAGUUCACCAAGGCCAACUUCUGGUACCAGCCCUCCUUCCACGGCGUCGAUCUCUCAGCGCUGCGCGGCGCGGCCGUGGACGAGUACUUCAGGCAGCCCGUGGUGGACACCUUCGACAUCCGCAUCUUGAUGGCCAAAUCCGUCAAAUACACCGUCAACUUCUUGGAAGCCAAGGAGGGCGACUUGCACAGGAUAGAAAUCCCCUUCAAAUUCCACAUGCUGCACUCGGGGCUGGUGCACGGCCUGGCCUUCUGGUUCGACGUGGCCUUCAUCGGCUCCAUGUAUGCGUGAGGGUGGGCUG